AUGUAUUUUUACUGUCUUCAGUUGGCAGGAUGGAGGCAGAACGUAGAUUUACAGUGCCUUCACGGAGCUCUCAAUAAAAUUGGAGCCAAUGGAUGCACCUCACUGUUUGAUGGACUUCAACGCACCUUCCGAAUGUUGAAUUUAAACCGAUUACAGCUAGGGCUGGAAAAUUACGGAAUGGGCAUGUUUCCUUCAUACAUCGAACCUGCUGUUAUACUGUGCAUCACCGACGGAUGUGGUGAUGCAAGGUUCCACGAGUCAGUCCCGAAGGAUGUCUCUUCAUCGUCUAUUGAGUCCUCCGUCUUUGGGCAGAUUUUAACUGACGCUCAUUUCCGGUGGGAUUAUAGAUUAUAUUCUAUCGUUCUGCAAUAUCCUGCAUUUUCGGAUAACAUCGGCUUUGGCCUCAGAUUUGUUCCUAAAGGCUCACCCUUGCUGGCUACCGCUGAACUCACUGGUGGCAGAGGUUAUAUCAUAUCGGAUAAUAGAGAGUUACAGCAAUGUUUGGAAUCACUCGUUCCAAAGUGUCAACCGGCAGUUGUAGUCGAUUUCAUCACCGACUACAGCAGUGCUGACCGGAAGACAGAAGAUCCUUCCAAUACUCACAAACAGCUUGUUUUCGUUAAACUGAUGGGGCGUGUUUGUUCUAGCUGGCCAAUACCUGAGUCCUUUUGGCCAGAUGACGAAAUGCUGUCCACGCACCUGCCCCCUAGACCGGCUCAUCCAAAAAUUUUUAUUUCGUCAACACAAACUGGGGCGCCAACUAUGCCAGAAUAUUUUCCCAUCGACCGUUACGAACUUGAGCCAUCAUCUCUAACAAAGCAACUGGGAUCUUGUGACCCUAGUAAAAUUUGGCCAUGUUUUGGUGCUGACUGCAGAAAUAUCCCGCCCGCUCCCUUUGGCUAUAUUAAAGUUUCACCCGACCUCCAGUCCACACAUUUACACGUACUGCCCUACAACUACCCAGUUUUUUGCCAGCUUCUAAAUGAACUUUAUGAGGUACACCAUAUGCGCAUGAGUGAGGCGUGGGGACACCGUUUUGUGAGCUAUUUAAGCAACAUCCCGAGAUACUACUUCAUGCCUCUCACUAAAGCAUUCGAACGCUUUGGGUUCCAAAGUGUAAUUAAACCAGAAGCCAUUGAUCGAGUACUGCCGUAUCAACUAAAACACUCCCUACAAAAAUUGAGACAUAUCGCCAAAAUUGAGUACGACAAUUUUGUACGGCUUACUCAAAGCGAAGAGUCUUCAUCACGCUCAGUGUUGUUGCCUGCGACUCUACUUCCGUUUCCAAUGUGGCCUUUACGUGAGAUCCGAUCAGGCACUGGAAGACAACUUUGCAGAUCAUCCACCCAACCCUACGUCCGAGCACAGGAAAUAAACAGACACAAGCUGCGAAGCGCUUUAAGGAAGAUGAAACUCACUCUAGAUGGUGUGCUGAGCGGAAGACAAAACGAAUGGCACCUUGGAUCAGUUCACCAGCAACCGGUCGCGCUUAUGGGUGAUUACAUGAACUAUAAGGCCUUGCGUCAAAUAGAGCAGCCUCUUCGCGAGCUCAACCCUGCUCCCGAACGCCUAGACACCUUCGGAAAUCCGUUCCGUAAAAAGUCAGCGGGCUUUGUCGUAGAUGAGCUGUUUGUGGAUGAAAUGGGGUCGUCCGCGGUGCCCGGAGGUGCCAAUGUUUCCAUUGUCUGCACCAGUCGGAAAAAGUAUAAUCCGGUUGACCCCAGCUCUCCGCACCGCAACAAAGGUCCGCUCCCACACUAUAUAAACCAUAUGAACUGGCGUCAGUUUUCACCGAAACACAGACAUAGUUCCCCGAAUCUACUGUGUGAUGGCUUAGACAAGAAUGGUGCACCGGACGACUUGCCCUCUGGCGAAAAAACUACUGUCGAUGGGAGCAAACAAACGUUGAACGAUGAACAAGCGUUCGCGAUGAACAGAGAGGUCGUGCGAAACUUAGUUGCGAUGAUCAAACAGUCGUGCGCCGAUGGGGGGAGCAUAUUCCACCUACUAAACGAUCUCACUGGGACCAUCGGGGAGCGUUACGCGGCUAUCUCGGUUGUAAUGUCAGAGGCUUUACGAUUUAAGCGCUCAACUCUUUACUUUUUGCUGAAGGAUUGGCGGACCUGCGUGUUACGCAAUGGCACCUCUAUUCCCCCGGUCGGGCCAGAGCAGUGCCGACAUUCACAUGUGGCGAAGCUCAUGGAGAUACGGGUUAACGGGUGGGGCUAACGACCCGUGGACCCACAUUCGUGAUAUUUUUGUAAAUAGGCCUUCCACCCGUUGGGCACUGGUAGUGUCGAUCGGGUGUACAGCUCCUAAACCACCAGGGCAGAGAAUCCGGCUAUUUUGGACAUACGACAGCUGUAGAUAGAUGGAUCCCUAUAAUAUCUGUACAAAGUGGUGCUGUAAAUAUCCCUAUUGGACAAAUAUAUCACUCGUCCAGUCUCUGA